CGUGUGCGCUUAGCUUGGGGCGCUGCUCUGAGCCGCUGCUUCCCCCCUCCCAUCCCCCGCACGUCACUGGCCUCUAGGAUGGAGGCACAGAUAGCUUCUUCACCUCGCUUCCAAGAUGGCAAUCCAGUUCCGUUCACUCUUCCCCUUGGCGUUGCCUGGAAUGCUAGCGCUCCUUGGCUGGUGGUGGUUUUUCUCUCGUAAAAAAGAUCAGCUCAGCAGCAAUGAUAAGCAGGUAGAGACACUGAAGGUUGGCCCUGUCAUCAAGGACCAACUCCCCAGUGACGAGGCCUGUCCUAGAGUCCUAUCUAUGCCCCCCAGUGUUGCACAGCCUCCAGAAACGGAACAGCUCUCAGUAGGCAAGUCUUCUACAGCCUUGCCAAGGAUACGUCAGGUUCGCCGAAGGUCAGAGUCCUCAGGCAACCUCCCCAGCAAUGUCGACACAAGGUCGCAGCCAUGUAGAGAUAACAACUCAAAGGUGGAACUCUCCCUGAUGGGGGACGAAGUCAAAUCUAUUCCUCUUGGAUGUCCCCUUCUCCCAAAGGAAGUGCCCUUCCCCUAUGAAGCUGUGGAAGGCUAUAAGCAAGAGUCUGCAUUGGGCAAAAUACCUGGAAGGGGCUGGCUCGACCAGUGUGCAGCCUCUGGAGAGAAAGCAAGAGAGACAGGCGGUGCAGAGGGGACUGGAGAUGCUGUGUUGGGGGAAAAUAUACCUGAGGAAGGCCUGUUGUCCCAGGAGUAUAUCUCAGAAGUGGAGAAAAGUGGGGUUCCAAACCUGGCCCCCUGGGGAGGUGGGGGAGAAAAGAUGAGCAGUGGUCCCCCACAGGUGGCUGAGCUUGCAAAGAAGGAAGAAUUUGUUGUUGGGAAGUUGCCGAGUAGCUUUGUGGAGCCAGUUCGCUCAGAGAUGGUUAAGGAUGAAGAUGCAUUGGUACCCCAGGUCAGAGGUGGCAUUACUCAGGACAGAGACCUGGCUAGAGAACAGAUCAAAGAAGAUACCUUGCCUGAAAAGGAUCAGAUUGAGCAGGCUGCUUUCCAGAUUAUCUCCCGGGUGAUCUUGGAAGUGACUGAAGAGAUGGGCGCGGGCAAGACUGUGGUACAAGUGUAUCCCACCUCGGUCGCUCAGCCUCAGGGGCUGGAGGAGAGCAGUGUCCCAGCCAGCCAGGAAACUGGCCUGGGACGAGACAUCCCAGAUCCUGUUUCCACUACAACAGGUGCCACUGCCAGCCCACCAGCAGAAGCCCUGCCACCAAAGACCUAUGUGAGCUGUUUUAGCAGUCCUCUGUCAAGUCCCACUAAGGAUCAGAAGCCAAAGACCUCUGCACACCACAUCUCCCUGGCCCCUUGCCCACUACCAGUUACCCGCCUGAGACAGUCCCUGGAUGCGGCAAGUUCCCCGGGAGGAGAUGACACUUUUGUCACCUGUAUGUCUUACAAUAAGCAGAGUGUCCUUUCAGUGACCUCCUCGGGGCAGCGCUCACAUUCUUUGACUACUUCGGGGCUUGAAGAUUCUUGCACAAAGACCAUCUCAAGCCCCGGAGACAAAGCUGUCACCCCACCACUGCCAGACAGUACUGAGCCCUUCAGCAACGGGGUGCUGAAGGAGGAGCUCUCAGACGUGGGGACUGAGGAUGGAUGGACCAUGGAUGCGGAAGCAGAUCACUCAGGAGGUUCUGACAGGAACAGCAUGGAUUCAGUGGAUAGCUGCUGCAGGCUUCCAAAGCCUGACAGCCUCCAGAAUGUCCAGGCAAGCUCCAACCCCAAGAAGGUUGACCUCAUCGUCUGGGAGAUAGAGGUGCCAAAGGUAAGAGUGGUGACAUUGAUUGGCAAGCAGGGCCGGUACGUGAGUUUUCUGAAGCAGACAUCUGGUGCCAAGAUCUACAUCUCUACCCUGCCUUACACCCAGAACGUCCAGAUCUGCCACAUAGAAGGUUCUCAGCACCAUGUAGAUAAAGCUCUGAACUUGAUUGGAAAGAAGUUUAAGGAACUGAACCUCACCAAUAUCUAUGCGCCACCACUGCCUUCGCUGGCACUGCCUUCCCUACCGAUGACAUCUUGGCUAAUGCUGCCUGAUGGUGUCACUGUGGAAGUCAUCGUGGUCAACCAGGUCAAUGCUGGGCACCUGUUUGUACAGCAGCACACACACCCUACCUUCCAUGCUCUGCGCAGCUUGGACCAGCAGAUGUACCUCUGUUACUCUCAGCCUGGAAUCCCCACCUUGCCCACCCCCGUGGAAAUAACGGUUAUCUGCGCUGCCCCUGGUGCGGACGGGGCCUGGUGGCGAGCCCAAGUAGUGGCCUCCUAUGAGGAGACCAAUGAGGUGGAGAUUCGCUACGUGGACUAUGGUGGAUAUAAGAGGGUGAAAGUCGACGUGCUCCGGCAAAUUAGGUCUGACUUUGUGACCCUACCAUUCCAAGGAGCAGAAGUCCUUCUGGACAGUGUGGUUCCACUGUCAGAUGACGACCACUUUUCACCUGAGGCAGAUGCAGCCAUGAGUGAGAUGACAGGCAACACCGCACUGCUGGCCCAGGUGACAAGCUACAGUGAGACUGGCCUUCCUCUAAUUCAGCUAUGGAGUGUGGUUGGAGAUGAAGUGGUGUUGAUAAACCGGUCGCUGGUGGAGCGAGGCCUUGCACAAUGGGUGGACAGCUACUAUGCCAACCUUUGACCUCAGCCCCCCGAACUACUUAAGUCUUUUUUUUUUUUUUUUUUUUUUUUUUGCACUGUUGAGAUUGGGCUUGGCACUCAGGACAGAGAUUUAACAUCAGAAUAGCAAACAUUGUUCUCUCGAGUCUUCUUUCCCUCAUUCUGUAGCCCUUUCGGAAACAUCCUCCCUGAGGAGUUGUGUGUUCUUUCAAAGCCUUAGGAUGGCGUUUCACCAGCCAGCUGGCUUAGCCCUGCUGGAGGCUGUUUGAAGGAAGGACUCAUAACCAGGUUGUCCUGUUCCCAUUCCAUCCACUCCCCUCUCCCCACCCAACCCCCACACACUGCAGCAGGCGGGCCAGGGCGGGUGUGGGGCUGGCUGGCUGAGUGGGUCUGUUUCUGAGUUGAUUCAGGGAGUGUGUCAUGGACUGGCCGGCUGGUAUCAACCCCUGUAUAGCUCACAUGGAUGGAUUGACGGUGUUUAGCCAGCUUUUAUACACUUCCUCCAGGUCUGUAGGAGCUCAGAUUUUUUAAAACAUAGAUGUAAAUAUGGAGCAAUCAUCACACCUGAUCCCCGUGAGUGGGGAGAGGGGAAGCUUUUAUUAUCUUGCCAAGCCUGGUUGUAAUUUGUAAUCAUUUUCUAUUUGUGCAAACUCUGUAAAUACAUGUUUAAAAGUGUAAUAUUUUGUACAAGACACACUGGAGAACAAAGGGAACUCAAAACUCUUCCAUAUUCUUCACCGGAAAUAGAAGUCCAUCCCACAGAGUGGGACUGCUGCCCCUGCUGUUCCAGCCGUGGUCUCCUGUGGCUUCCUGUGCACAGACAGGGAGCUGAAUGGGGAGAUUGCCAUUGGGGGGAUUUUUUUUUUCUGUACACAUUUAUUUAAAAAAAAAAAAAAAAAGAACUCAUUGAAUUAC